UCCGGUAGCUCUCACGUACCGAAACCUUCAAACCCGCCUCCCAUGGCUGCCACUGCUACUUACUCCCUAUAUAUUCAAAUUCAAACUUCCUUCAAUCAAUCCAUUGUCAAACGAAGAUAAACAAUAAUCAGAUGAGUUUUGGAGGAAUUCUGGGUUUCGAGUACGGCAUAGUUCAGGCUCCGCUUGGACCUGAUAUCUCCGGUCCUGAGCUUGUUGCUGCCGUCGCCAAUGCCGGUGGGCUCGGUCUUCUCAGAGCUCCCGAUUGGGAAUCGCCUGAUUAUGUACGAGAAUUGAUAAGAAAGACACGAGCGCUAACGAAUAAACCAUUUGGAGUUGGUGUCAUUUUGGCAUUUCCUCAUGAGCAAAAUCUAAGGGCCAUAUUGGCUGAAAAGGUAGCAGUUGUGCAAGUUUACUGGGGAGAAUGUUCAAAGGAUCUUGUGGAUCAAGUUCAUUCUGCUGGGGUGAAAAUUAUUCCACAAAUUGGGAGUGUUGAGGAAGCGAGAAAGGCCGUUGAUGUUGGUGUUGAUGCAAUAAUCGUGCAAGGAUGGGAAGCUGGAGGACAUGUUAUUGGUCAAGAAGGUUUGAUUUCCAUCUUACCAGGGGUAGUUGAUAUUGUUGGGGAUAAAGAUAUACCUGUAAUUGCGGCUGGCGGUAUUUCAGAUUCACGAGGUUAUGUCGCUGCGUUGGCCCUUGGUGCACGUGGCGUCUGCCUUGGGACUAGAUUUGUUGCUACGAAAGAAAGCCACGCUCACCCUGCAUACAAGAGGAAGUUGGUGGAACUGGAUGCAACUGAUUAUACAAACAUUUUUGGGCGUGCAAGAUGGCCUGGUGCACCACAGCGUGUUCUACAGACACCCUUUUACGAUGAUUGGAAGUCACUUCCUGCCAAUGAAAACGAAAGCAACCAGCCGGUCAUCGGCCGUUCAACAAUUAAUGGCUUGGACAUAGAUAUACGUCGCUUUGCGGGUACCGUGCCGAAUGCGACAACAAAAGGUGACAUCGAGAGCAUGGCAAUGUAUGCUGGGCAAGGAGUUGGACUAAUCAAGGAGAUCAUACCUGCAGGAGAAGUGGUAAGGAUGCUGGUUAAAGGUGCACAACAUCAUAUCCAUACACAUUUUAGUAAUUUUGUUUCUUAAAGUUUGAUGCUCAGAUCCGCAAUUUUUUUUUGUUUUCUUGAAGAAAUAAGAUAGAAAAUCCAUAUGUAAUUAGAUGAAUCAUGAACUCAGCAAUCCUUCAGUUUAAAUAAAGUUUUCAGUUAAUCCGAA